AUGCUCUUCCUUCUGGACUCCUGGCUCUCAUCCUUCUCCAACUACAGUCUGUGUAUUGCCACUGCUGCAACGCUGCACUACUUCCUGCUGGCUUCUUUCACCUGGAUGGGCCUGGAGGCUGUGCACAUGUACCUUGCACUGGUCAAGGUCUUCAACAUCUAUAUUCCCUCCUACAUCCUCAAGUUAUGUGCUGUAGGAUGGGGUAUUCCUCUGGUCAUAGUCAGCCUGGUGCUGGCCAUAGAUAAAGAUGCUUAUGGCAGUGUGCCUGAAGACGCUGCAGUGAUGCUUCAGUCCAAUGACCAAUUCUGCUGGCUGCAGAAUGAUGUCUUCUUCUACGUGACUGUGGUGGCAUUUGUCCUUCUGAUCCUGUUGUGCAACAUCUCUGUGUUCAUCGUGGUUCUUAUCCAGAUCAGACAUAUGAGGGCCAAUAAGCGGUCAGCAAACAGCGCCAGCUCCUUGCAUGACUUAAGGGCAGUGGCCAGUCUCACCGUCCUCUUAGGCCUGACGUGGUCACUGGGCUUUUUUUCUUUUGGCCCAGGCAAAGUGGUCCUGAUGUACCUGUUCUCCAUUUUUAACAGCUUGCAGGGGUUCUUUGUCUUCUUGUUCCACUGUUUGAUGAAGGAAAAUGUGAGGAAACAGUGGAGAAUCCACUUGUGCUGUGGACGUUUCAAACUCAGUGAUUACUCAGACUGCAGCCGCUCUGUGACAGUGGGUGGUCACUGCAUAAAGAACCAUCUUGUUAACUCUGACUCAGUUGCCUCUGACAACACCUCCACCAUCAGGAAGAUCUCUGACUCCUCUACGGGAUCAGCACCGAACCACCACCAGGGGGCGUGAGCGGGCCUCUGUAUGUGCCAUUCUGUACAGCGCUCCGUUUCAAGGCCCAUUGAGCAAUCACAAACAGUGACAGCCAAAAAUAGAACAGCUACAUGUCUGUGAUGGGCAGAGAAAGAUAAAAAAAAAAGGGUAAAAAAAAACUUGUUCAGUGAGAUACAAUAGGUCCGUGGACACUCCUGCACCUUAACCAGCUAUGAAAAUAAUGAUAAUACUGUGCCAACUGUCAUUUCUAAGUAAAGUAAAUUUCAUGGAAGCAACUUAUAUUUAAUGUAGCAUACACUUCACCUUCAAGGUUUACAAAUGCUUCCACUGUACAAUUGAAUGGCAAAACAACACAAAUAAAUACUAUGUGUUCGUAAAACCUUUAAUAGUAAAGUAAAUGUUGCACAGGAAGCCGUUAUGAGGAUAUUCCAUUUAAAUGUA